AUGGUAGAGUACCUCCUACAGAUUAACAUGGUAGAGUACCUCCUACAGAUUAACAUAGUAGAGUACCUCCUACAGAUUAACAUAGUAGAGUACCUCCUACAGAUUAACAUAGUAGAGUACCUUCUACAGAUUAACAUAGUAGAGUACCUCCUACAGAUUAACAUAGUAGAGUAUCUCCUACAGAUUAACAUAGUAGAGUAUCUUCUACAGAUUAACAUAGUAGAGUACCUCCUACAGAUUAACAUAGCAGAGUACCUCAUACAGAUUACCAUAGUAGAGUGCCUCCUACAGAUUAACAUAGUAGAGUACCUCCUACAGAUUAACAUAGUAGAGUACCUCCUGCAGAUUAACAUAGUAGAGUACCUCAUACAGAUUACCAUAGUAGAGUACCUCCUACAGAUUAACAUAGUAGAGUACCUCCUACAGAUUAACAUAGUAGAGUACCUCCUACAGAUUAACAUAGUAGAGUACCUCCUACAGAUUAACAUAGUAGAGUACCUCCUACAGAUUAACAUAGUAGAGUACCUCCUACAGAUUAACAUAGUAGAGUACCUAAUACAGAUUACCAUAGUAGAGUACCUCCUACAGAUUAACAUAGUAGAGUACCUCCUACAGAUUAACAUAGUAGAGUACCUCCUACAGAUUAACAUAGUAGAGUACGUCCUACAGAUUAACAUAGUAGAGUACCUCCUACAGAUUAACAUAGUAGAGUAUCUCCUACAGAUUAACAUAGUAGAGUACCUCAUACAGAUUACCAUAGUAGAGUACCUCCUACAGAUUAACAUAGUAGAGUACCUCCUACAGAUUAACAUAGUAGAGUACCUCCUACAGAUUAACAUAGUAGAGUAUCUCCUACAGAUUAACAUAGUAGAGUACCUCCUACAGAUUAACAUAGUAGAGUACCUCCUACAGAUUAACAUAGUAGAGUACCUCCUACAGAUUAACAUAGUAGAGUACCUCAUACAGAUUACCAUAGUAGAGUACCUCCUACAGAUUAACAUAGUAGAGUACCUCCUACAGAUUAACAUAGUAGAGUACCUCCUACAGAUUAACAUAGUAGAGUACCUCCUACAGAUUAACAUAGUAGAGUACCUCCUACAGAUUAACAUAGUAGAGUACCUCCUACAGAUUAACAUAGUAGAGUACCUAAUACAGAUUACCAUAGUAGAGUACCUCCUACAGAUUAACAUAGUAGAGUACCUCCUACAGAUUAACAUAGUAGAGUACCUCCUACAGAUUAACAUAGUAGAGUACGUCCUACAGAUUAACAUAGUAGAGUACCUCCUACAGAUUAACAUAGUAGAGUAUCUCCUACAGAUUAACAUAGUAGAGUACCUCAUACAGAUUACCAUAGUAGAGUACCUCCUACAGAUUAACAUAGUAGAGUACCUCCUACAGAUUAACAUAGUAGAGUACCUCCUACAGAUUAACAUAGUAGAGUAUCUCCUACAGAUUAACAUAGUAGAGUACCUCCUACAGAUUAACAUAGUAGAGUACCUCCUACAGAUUAACAUAGUAGAGUACCUGCUACAGAUUAACAUAGUAGAGUAUCUCCUACAGAUUAACACAGUAGAGUGUCUAAUACAGAUUAACAUGGUAGAGUACCUCCUACAGAUUAACAUAGUAGAGUAUCUCCUACAGAUUAACAUAGUAGAGUACCUCCUACAGAUUAACAUAGUAGAGUACCUCCUACAGAUUAACAUAGUAGUGUAUCUCCUACAGAUUAACAUGGUAGUACCUCCUACAGAUUAA